AUGUCGCAGAGACGCCUCGAAGGCCCUGGAGGCUUCAAGACAAUCUGUUCUGUCGGCUCCGGUUGGAAAAGAAAAAACAAAAACCAGCAGGGAGGCAAAUCCGAAGCGAGAGUGGGCAUUGGGCUGCUGCGCCUUCGCGGAGAGACGGAGCAAACGGGGCUUUUUGGGAGGCUCAUCGCAACACACACACACACUGAAGCCGCCGCCGCCGCCGCCAACGACGACGACGACGACGACGACAACCGCCAUCAUCACCAUCAGCGCCAGCUCGCCUCUGCGACAAGCAACCGAGGCGAUCUCCGGGCUGAUCCCUCUGCAAUCUCUGCGGCCAGUUGGUUCGCCACGGAUCCGAAAGAGCUUGUCUAA